CUCCGAUUAAUGUGAUUAGCGUUAUUCAUCGCGAGUUUUGUAACGUUUAGUCACAUUAGUUGUACAUCGCAUACGAAGAAGCAUCUUCGUAAUGAAUCGCUCGAAAUUAUGCGCAAUACAUUUUACAGCUAAAUACUGCGGAGAAUAAUAAAGUCGCUUAAGAGAAAAAGAAAAAAAAGAAAAAAAAGAGAGGGAGGGCAAAACAUCUUCACGCAAGAGACGUUCGCGCUUUGCAAAAAGGUGCUUCGUUUGCGAUUCGUAUCGCGACUCGGGCACUUCGACUUCGUCGAGACGUCUCGGAACGCGAUGCGGCAGGGGUGUGGGGUCGGGGGAGGCAAGCGCCGCAUUAAACUCGUGAAUCCGGGGAAGGAGAAGGUCGUGGAGGGGGAAGGUAGGGAAGGGAGAGACGGCGCGCGUCGAUGAUGGAAUGAGAGACAAAGACGUCAUGCGUGGAGAGGGGGGGACGAGCCGCGUCUGGGCAGGAGAGAGACGAAGGGAGGCGUGGAGAAGCUUUUAGGUUUUUAGCCGACAUCCGAGCGCCCGCCGGCUCAGUUCCUGUUCGACUCCUGGUGGUUUCUGCGUAUGUUGGACUUUUUUUCUUACUCUUGCCGAAUAUCAAAUCGAGACUAUAUCCGAGAGGCGAUAGAGAGAAGUCGUUAGUCGCAGGACUCGAAACGCGCCCUUCUCCCGUUACCGGUCUUCCUCAGGCAGGUUCGGGACGAGUUUCUUGUACGAUCGUUAAUGAAAAACGACGAUCGAACGAGAUCGAAUUAAAUUUAUUCUCCGUUCAGAAAUUGAAUUGUCGAGUGCGUCGAGAUAUCGCAGAAGAUACUGUGUAUAUCGUUGUGAACAUUUGGCUCGUUUUUUAUACGAGUGUAAACGAAAGAAGGCGCCGAUAUAACAUUGCUGAUUGACGAUUGAUCGAUAAUUGACUAAAUUGACGACGGUUAAUCAACGUGCGGGAAACGGUCUCCUCUGGAAAUAGUGCUAAUUGGCCAUAAGGAGGACACGUGCAGUUUUUGGAACAACCUACCGAUACGAUUACGAUUAUAAUCAACUACGAUGACUUCUGAACCGUGGACCUUGCCUCCGAAGCAAGGUCUUUACGACCCUACCCUCGAACGAGAAGCUUGCGGCGUUGGUUUUAUCGUCGCCAUUGAUGGAAAGCGAUCGCAUAAAAUUGUACUAGAUGCUCAGAUACUGUCGGCGCGUAUGAAUCAUAGAGGAGCUUGCGCUUGCGAUAAUGACACUGGUGAUGGGGCUGGUGUACUUUGCGCAAUACCGCACGAUUACUAUGCCAAUGAAAUUCGCGAACAGCAAAAUAUCAUAUUGCCCGAGUUCGGACGAUACGCAACCGGUAUUUUAUUCCUCGAUAAGAACACGCACAAGGAAGUGGAGACCGCGUUUGAGAAACUGGCCGAGGAGUGCAAUUUGCAAGUAUUGUGCUGGCGCGAUGUCCCCACCGAUAGCACUCAGAUUGGUCAGGUGGCAAGGAAGUGUGAACCAUACAUGCGUCAAGUAUUUGUUACUGGCGAUCAAGAUACGGAAACGCUUAAACGGCAGAUAUUCGUGCUGAGGAAGAGAUCGUCGCAUACAAUACGACAACCGGGAUUGCGAUACUACAUUUGUUCAUUGUCGCUGAAAACGGUCGUCUACAAAGGACAGUUGACCGCUGAUCAGUUAUGGUCGUAUUUCACGGACUUGAAGUCUCCAAAGUUCGAGACUUAUCUGGCAUUGGUGCAUACACGAUUCUCCACGAAUACAUUUCCGAGCUGGGAAAGAGCGCAUCCUCUACGAUUGUUGGCUCAUAACGGCGAAAUUAAUACUUUGCGCGGCAAUGUAAACUUUAUGAAGGCGCGAGAAGGCGUGAUGAGCAGCCAGAUAUAUGGCGAUCAGCUGAAGUCGCUCUAUCCAGUCGUUGAGCCGAAUCUCUCUGAUUCUGGAUCAGCGGACUGUGUGCUGGAAUUUUUGGUGAUGGCAGGACAACGUUCCUUGCCUGAGGCUGUCAUGACGAUGGUACCAGAAGCCUGGCAGAAUGAUCUGACAAUGGCCACCGAGAAGCGCGACUUCUAUCACUGGGCAGCGUGCGUUAUGGAACCUUGGGACGGCCCGGCCCUGUUAACCUUCACCGACGGCCGUUACGUCGGUGCUAUCUUGGACAGAAACGGCCUGCGCCCGUCGCGCUUCUACGUCACUAAGGAUAACAUGAUGGUGAUGGCGUCCGAAGUGGGCGUCUAUGAUACUCCGUCCAGCAAUGUAGUCCUGAAGAGUCGCUUGAAGCCUGGCCGAAUGCUUCUCGUUGAUACCGAAGAGAAGAGGAUCAUACAGGAUGUUGAGCUAAAGCUGCAAAUCGCUCGAAGCAGACCUCAUUCCAAAUGGCUCAAGGAACAGAGGAUCACUAUGGAAGAAUUGCGUGCCGCGGAUGCUAAUAAUGUCGAUGCGGGAGACAUAAUUGGAAAUGAUCUAUCCGAGAUGACUAUUGCGAAAAAUGCCCUUAAUGGUAUAAACGAGGUCUCGGCAGUAAAUAAGGUCUGGAGUGGCGAUAAGCGACUUUCUCUUUACGGUUACACUCUGGAGACCAUCAACCUUCUACUUUUACCCAUGGUGCAAACCAAAAAGGAAGCGUUAGGAUCUAUGGGCAAUGAUGCUCCCCUGGCAUGUUUGUCGGAAUUCCAACCAUUAUUAUACGAAUAUUUCAAGCAAUUAUUUGCACAGGUGACGAAUCCGCCAAUCGAUCCAUUUCGUGAAAAAAUAGUGAUGUCAAUGCUCUGUCCCAUCGGGCCUGAGAGCAAUAUUCUGGAACCGAAUGAGGUGCAAGUGCAUCGCUUGUUUCUGCCUCAACCAAUAUUGUCCCUGAGCGAUCUCGAGAUUCUUAAACGCACGACGCAUCGCGGCUGGCGAACAAAAGUAAUCGAUAUCACUUACCCUGUUGAAGACGGACCCAACGGAUUAUUGAAGACGCUGAAUCGUGUUAAUAAUGAAGCUAAUGCGGCUGCCAGAGAUGGUUAUCAGCUCCUUGUGUUAUCCGAUCGACGAGGUGGUCCUUCAAGAGUUCCGGUUAGCAGUCUGCUGGCUCUGGGUGGCGUUCAUCAUCAUUUGAUCGAAGAAAGACAACGAAUGAAAGUCGGUCUUAUUUUGGAAACUGCGGAGGCUCGAGAAGUUCAUCAUAUUUGCGUGCUACUUGGAUAUGGAGCGGACGCCAUAUGUCCUUACUUGGUAUUCGAAAUGGCGAAAAAUCUGAGGGCGGAUCAUGUUUUCGAUGAGACCUUCACCGACGAUGUCAUUUAUAAAAAUUAUGCGGAGGCUAUGGAACGAGGAAUUGCAAAAGUGAUGGCUAAGAUGGGAACCUCUACUUUGCAAUCUUAUAAAGGAGCGCAGAUAUUCGAGGCAGUUGGAUUAGCUGACGAGGUUAUCGAUAAAUGCUUCAAGGGCACUCAAUCUCGUAUCGGUGGAGUGACAUUUGAGAUUCUAGGCAAGGAGGCGUUCGAAAGACAUCAAAUAACGUACUGGGAGAAACCCAUGGAUCUGUUAGUCAUUCGUAAUCCUGGAAUUUAUCAUUGGCGAUCUGGUGGUGAAAAACAUAUCAAUGAUCCCGUCAGCAUUGCUAGUUUACAGGAUUAUGUCGUUUCUAAAAGUAACUCGGCUUAUGAAAAUUAUCGCAAAACCACGAUGGACGUGGUAAAAGCUUGCACUCUACGCGGCCAGCUCGAAUUGAAAAAAUCGCGCGAUCCGAUUCCCAUUACGGAUGUGGAAUCUGCGUCGGAAAUCGUGAAGCGCUUUGCGACCGGUGCGAUGAGUUUCGGCAGCAUCUCCAUGGAAGCUCAUGCAACUUUGGCAAUCGCCAUGAAUCGUAUCGGCGGCAAAUCGAACACCGGCGAGGGCGGUGAAAAUGCAGACAGAUAUCUCAACCAAGAUCCGGAGUUUAGCAAGCGCUCAUCCAUCAAGCAGGUAGCGAGUGGCCGCUUCGGCGUAACUGCUAGCUAUUUAGCAAAUGCGGACGAUCUACAGAUCAAGAUGGCGCAGGGUGCGAAGCCUGGCGAAGGCGGCGAGCUGCCUGGUUACAAAGUCACUGCGGAGAUCGCCGCCACCAGACAUUCGGUACCCGGAGUAGGUUUGAUAUCACCGCCACCGCAUCACGACAUCUAUUCAAUCGAGGACCUGGCUGAGCUGAUCUACGACCUCAAAUGCGCCAAUCCGAACGCUCGCAUAUCCGUCAAGCUCGUGUCCGAAGUCGGGGUUGGCGUGGUCGCUGCUGGCGUCGCCAAAGGCAAAGCUGAGCAUGUAGUGAUUUCCGGUCACGACGGUGGCACUGGCGCCAGCAGCUGGACCGGCAUCAAGUACGCCGGAUUACCCUGGGAGUUAGGUAUCGCCGAGACGCAUCAGGUACUCACCCUGAACAAUUUGAGAUCGCGCAUAAUCGUUCAGGCGGACGGUCAGCUGCGUACCGGUUUUGACAUUGUGGUGGCUGCGCUGCUUGGCGCGGACGAGUUUGGCUUCAGCACUGCCCCGUUGAUCGCUAUGGGCUGCACGAUGAUGAGAAAGUGCCACUUGAACACCUGUCCAGUGGGAAUCGCUACGCAAGAUCCAGUACUAAGGAAAAAAUUCGAGGGCAAACCAGAACAUGUCAUCAAUUUCUUCUUCGCGCUCGCUGAAGAGGUACGUUCACACAUGGCCAAUUUGGGCAUUCGCAAGUUCCAAGAUCUGAUUGGACGCACGGAUCUCCUUAAAGUACGCGAUGACAUUACCGUUGAAAAAGCUAAAACUCUGAAUCUUAGCAAUGUUCUGCGAAAUGCGUUGGAUUUGAGACCCGGCGUAAAUAUUAAGGGCGGCACUUUGAAACAAGACUUUCAAUUGGAGAAUAGACUCGAUAAUAAACUAAUCGAGCUGACUGAACCUGUAUUGAAUGGAGAACAGGCUCGAAUCGACAUUGAGAUGAACAUUAACAACGAGUGCAGAGCAUUUGGAUCGACAUUGAGUUAUUACAUAGCCAAACGAUUCGGAGAAGCUGGACUACCCGAGAAUAGUAUCAACAUCAGAAUGCAAGGCUCUGCGGGUCAGAGUUUCUGUGCUUUCAUGGCCAAGGGUAUACACGUCACUCUUGAAGGCGAUGCCAAUGAUUACGUCGGCAAGGGUCUCUGCGGAGGUGAAAUUGUCAUAUAUCCACCAAAGGACUCCGAAUUCAAUUCAGAAGGGAAUGUGAUUGUCGGGAAUGUUUGUCUUUACGGUGCCACUUCUGGAAGGGCUUACUUCCGUGGUAUCGCUGCCGAGAGAUUCAGUGUACGCAACAGCGGGGCAAUCGUCGUAGUAGAGGGUGUGGGCGAUCAUGGUUGCGAAUACAUGACCGGUGGUUGCGCCCUGAUUUUGGGUCUUACCGGUAGGAAUUUCGCCGCCGGAAUGUCCGGCGGAAUCGCGUACGUCUUGGACGUGGAUGGUUCUUUCAAGAGCAAAUGCAACCCUGAAAUGGUAGAGUUAUUGCCGCUCAACAAGUCUGAAGAAAUCGCUUAUGUGAAGCAAUUACUGGAAGAAUUCAUCGAGAAAACCGGCUCAUUGAUCGCGCAGGAUUUGCUUGCUACAUGGCCGGAACCGACCACAAGAUUCGUCAAAGUUUUCCCGUAUGAGUAUCAACGAGCUCUCAAACAACUAGAGGAGGACAAGCAACAAACGAAUGUGAUUAAUGGUGAUGCCCAAUUGACAAAUCAUAAGAUUAAAGAUAUAGAGGAUGCGAUAGAAGACGCGGAGAUGGCGCAGCGCAAGCUGGAUAAGAUCAAAGGCUUUAUGAAGUAUUCGAGGCAAAAGGUCAUGUAUAGACCGGCCGAGAAGCGUAUAGAGGAUUGGAACGAGAUCUACAACUUCCAGGGUGUCAGGAAGACUCUGCGAGUGCAAGCGGCGAGAUGCAUGGAAUGUGGCGUUCCGUUCUGCCAAAGCAGUCAUGGCUGCCCCUUGGGCAAUAUUAUUCCGAAGUGGAACGAUCUCGUAUUCCAUCAGAACUGGAAGGAGGCUCUCAAUCAAUUGUUGCAGACUAAUAAUUUUCCUGAGUUUACCGGAAGAGUUUGUCCUGCACCUUGCGAGGGCGCAUGCGUCUUAGGGAUCUCUGAACCACCUGUGACAAUCAAGAAUAUCGAGUGUGCGAUAAUCGAUCACGCGUUCGAACAAGGUUGGAUUGUUCCUCAUCCGCCGACCAGAAGAACCGGACGAAAAGUUGCAGUGGUGGGAUCCGGUCCCGCAGGAUUAGCAGCCGCUCAUCAACUAAACAAAGCGGGUCACACAGUGACCGUAUUCGAGAGAAACGAUAGAAUUGGUGGGCUGUUACAAUAUGGCAUACCGACAAUGAAGCUUUCCAAAGAGGUCGUUCAAAGAAGAGUCUCUCUCCUAGCCGCAGAGGGAAUUACUUUCAGGACAAAUGUUAAUGUCGGCAAAGAUAUUACAAUGCAUCAACUUCAAGAGCAAUAUGAUGCAGUAUUGUUAACUACAGGAGCGACGUGGCCACGAGAUUUGCCUAUUCCCGGUCGGCAGCUAGAGGGAAUUCAUUUUGCCGUGAGUUUCUUGGAACAUUGGCAGAAGAAACAGAUGGGUAACGCGACACCACUUGACAUGCGGCUAAUGGCCAAGGAUAAGGAUGUCGUCAUCAUAGGUGGUGGCGACACCGGAUGCGAUUGCAUAGCAACCUCGCUGCGUCAGGGCGCCAAGACGAUCACGACCUUCGAGAUUCUGCCCGAACCACCAGGUCAAAGGGGCAAAGAUAACCCGUGGCCCCAAUUCCCACGUGUAUUUAAGGUUGAUUAUGGCCACGAGGAAGUAUCCGUAAAAUUCGGUCGAGAUCCGCGUAGAUAUAGCACGCUAAGCAAGGAAUUUCUAGAUGACGGAAAAGGCCACGUAUGCGGCAUCAGGGCAGUAUCCGUCGAGUGGCGAAAGGACGAGAGUGGCCGAUGGAAGAUGGACGAGGUGCCGAAUUCAGAAAAGGUGUACAAAUGCGAUUUGGUACUACUCGCCAUGGGCUUCCUCGGCCCCGAGAAAUAUAUCGCCACAGAAAUGAACGUCGAGUUGGAUGAGAGGGGAAAUUAUAAGACUCCGGCUGGGAAAUAUCGUACUAGUUUACCCGGAAUAUAUGCGGCAGGCGAUUGCAGACGUGGGCAAUCUCUCGUGGUAUGGGCGAUCUCGGAAGGGCGAAUGGCCGCGAAGGAAAUUGAUUUGGCCUUGAUGGGAGAAACCGGCCUUCCUGGAAGCGGAGGUGUUAUAAUCGGCGUUAGCGCUUAAGGGUCUUCGCGACGGAUGUUGGUCUUCCAGUUAGAAAACAAAAAAUCCACCGUGUGUAUGUACCACGAGAAAAGGGUUGUGUCGAGUCUUAGAAGGCAGAAGGAGAGUCCUUGGAGAUCUAAGGAUGCAGAUCCGAGAUCUAAGGAUUCGAAAAUUCCAAGAAUCCAAGAAAAUACGAAUCUAGAAUAGAGUUCAGAAAUCUAGGAAUCCAAGAUGUAAAUCGGAAAUAAAAAUCCAAAUUUCUAACAA